UAACCUCAAAAUAACCCACAUUUCCCUCUGACACAAAAUCAUGGCUGCUGAAUCAUUCGCCUUUAACAUUGCAGAAAAAGUCCUUGAUAAACUAGCCACUAUUGCCUAUCAAGAAAUUUGUCGAGUUUGUGGUGUCCAAAGUGACCUUGAGAAGCUUAAGAAGACGUUAACUACUAUCAAAGCUGUGCUUUUGGAUGCUGAAGAAAAACAGACUCAUGACAAUCAGCUGCGGAUUUGGCUACAAGAGGUGAAGGAUGCCUGUUAUGAUGCAGAAGAUGUGUUGGAUGAAUUUGAAAUUGAAGCAUUGCGGAAGCAAGUUCUGAAACAGAGGGGCUUUGGAAAGAAGGUAACCAAUUUCUUUUCAAGCUCAAACCCAAUUGCAUUUCGCUUUCGGAUGGCCCAUAAGAUGAAAAAAGCUACUGAGAGGUUUGGUGAGAUUGCUGCUUUGAAAAAUAACUUUCAUCUCACUGAAAGGCAUGAUGGCACUAGCCAUGUCGUGCGCUUGGACAGAGAAACCCACUCCUUUGUACAAGCAGCAGAUAUCAUCGGCAGAGAUGAAGACAAAAAAAAAAUCAUAACAACUUUGAUGCAAGAUCCAACAGAUGGAAAAGACACACAUGUGCUUCCUAUAGUUGGAAUUGGAGGUCUUGGAAAGACUGCCCUUGCAAAGUUGGUGUUCAAUGAUGAAAGUGUGGGUAGGCAUUUUGACUUGAAGAUGUGGGUGUGUGUUUCAGAUGAUUUUGAUUUGAAAACGCUAAUGAUAAAAAUGAUUAAAGCUGCAAAGGGAAGGGGUCGAUUGUAGUAACAUGGAUUUAGAGCAAUUACAGAAG